GAGCAUUACUAUGAUGGUGAGAGCGGCACUGGAUACUUAGCAUGGAGAAUUAAGACUAUACAGAGAGGCUUGGCUAAAGAGAGACGAACAUCAUUUGAAGGACAAGGACCAUCUGCUGAGGGGAUGUCUGGUGGACCAACUAUAAGACGAGAACCACAAUUUGCUCCAGAGGCUGUCUUGAGUGAGGAUGAAUGCAAGGAAGCAAUUGCAUUCAUGAAGCAUUCUGCUGAUGAGGACUCGUCAAGAUGAAAAUGAAGUUGACAUUUGACUAUCGCCGUGGCAUGGUUCUUGACCCUGUGCAGUCGAACAAUAUACUGACAGUCUUUCCACGUUUCAAAGACAUUAAAGGCUUGAUUGAACAAGACUUCGUUCUGAUGUUUGGAGGAGCAGUGUCAGGUAAGCUGCUGGAGAGGUGGCCAACCGUGUUCAAGAAAAAGGUUAUUCAGCAUUGCAAAAAUCUUCCGACCACCAGUGAUGUGCAAGAACUGCUGAUAGCUGCUGAACAUCCCACUGAUGACUCUGAAGAGAGUGCUAAUUUUGUUUGGGACAGUGAUCUCUCCUCCAUACUACUGCUUUUGCAUUUGAUCCCACCUUCUGCUCAAGGCAGGAAGAGGCCAGGAAAGGUGUCUGCUUCUCAAGCAGAGAGGCAUCUUGUUGUCUUCAAGAAGAGUGGAACAAACAUUGAAGAGCAUCUUCGAAACAUCACUGGGAGUGACCAACCCUAUCUCUUGGCUGUGGGACCUCAGAAGAACGCAGUUCAUCAGUACUUCAUCAUUCUUGAUCAGCAUGCCAUUCCGUGCGAGUCAACCUCUUCUCUUGGUGCCUUUGACGAACUGUUUAAGGCACACUUUGUAUUUGGCACUAAUUACAACACUAUGUUACACAACAUGUACACUUUCAUUCAGACGACUGUGUACAACAUAGAUGUUGGCAAAGUAAAAGAGAGUCCUCGUGUUGCGGAGGUUAGAGCAAGGCUUCUUAGCUAGGUGGCUUAAGGUAUCCAGACCAGAUGAAGUGUUUUGCUUGUCAGGCCGAGUUCAAUGGUUCAAAAUUACUUCUUAGGCACUUCAGAUUAGUUCAUGGUUUUGUUCCUGGAAAGAAUCUUCGCCUUAAAUGUGCAGAGUCAGGAUGUGGUUCAGUGUUUGGUAGUUUUUCAGGUUUUCGGAAACAUCUACACAUAAAACAUGCCGAAGAAAGUGACCAGAGUUUUGACGUCAUUGACAACUUGGACACUGCAGUGGCAGAUGCAGAGAGUAGUUCUGCAACAUUUGAUCAGGUUAGCAAUGCUGGAGAAGUGGCCACAACAUCUGCGUUGUUAAAGUCAAAUAAGAGCACUUUGGAUAUGUGUGCGUCUGCUGUUGCCCAACUAAAUGUUGCUGGAUUAAGUCAGUCUGCUAUAAAUAGUUUUGUUUCAUCUAUGGAAGAAGUUGUUUCUGAAAUUCAUAGUCAGGCUAAGGAUGCAGCUUUGCUCUGUCUAUCUUCACAGGACACUGGUACUAAAAGGAAAAUAGAAAAUUCUUUUGAGGAACUAAAAAACCCAUUUACGUUGUUAAAUUCUGAUGCCAAAAGAAAGAAAUUGUUUGCAGAAAAAUGGGGAACUGUUGAACCAAGAGAAAUAGUUCUUGGAACACGAUUUGACAGCAGGAGAAAUAAAACCACAGGAACGUUUAAUCAAGUUAUUGUAACUGAUAGGUAUUCUUAUAUUCCCAUUUUAGAAACACUUAAGGCCAUUUUACAAAAUCCACAACUAACAAAUUUGUUUAAACCCAGACAUGUCCCAAAGGAAGGUGUUUAUGUUGAUCUAAGUGAUGCAUCAUAUUUUAAAAGUAAUCCCUUAUUUGUAACUGAAAAGGAUGCUUUACAAAUUCAGCUAUUUUACGAUGAUUUUGAGACGGCUAAUCCUUUGGGUCCCAAAAAGGGUGUACACAAAUUGGGUGCAAUCUAUUUUACAUUAAGGAAUUUUCCCCCAAUUUUUAACUCCUCAUUAGUAAAUAUUCAUUUAUGUGCCCUCUUUCAUGCACAGGACAUUAGGCGUUAUGGUUUUAAUUCUAUACUUGAACCUCUUGUUAAUGAUUUAAAAGUGCUUGAGAUUAAAGGGAUUCAGAAUCCAGUAUCUGGACAUUGUAUCAGGGGUACGAUUGUUCAAGUCACUGGGGAUAAUCUUGGCUUACAUGGCUUGUUUGGGUUCCUUGAGUCAUUUGGGGCUCGAUAUUGCUGUCGUUUCUGUCUCCUUGAAAAAGAUCGCUUCCAAUCUGUGUUCUGUGAAGAUAACCCAGAAGUUGUACUUCGAACUACUGAAAUGCAUUCUUUGCACUGUGAGACAAUACAGACUGACUCUUCAUUACCUCACAUUUAUGGUGUUAAACGGGUGUGUUUGUUAAAUUCUCUCAAAUAUUUCAACACUGCCAACAAUUUUUCAGUGGAUAUAACGCACGACGUUCUAGAAGGAGUUGCACAGUUAGAGGUUAAACUUGUUUUGCAAUACAUUCAGCUUCAUUUUCUGAGUGCUAAUGAUCUUGCUGGCAGAAUACAUGCUUUUGACUAUGGUUAUAAUCAGCAGCGGAACCGUCCUCCAAUGGUCAAAUUGUUUGAUGGAAGCAAUGAUUUGGGUUUAAAUGCCAUUCAAUCUUGGUGCUUGUUGCGCAACAUGCCCCUAUUAUUUGGUGAUUUAAUACAGCACGAUGAUAAGUACUGGCAUCUUUUGCUUUUACUUCUUCAAAUUGUUAACAUCAUAUUUUCUCCAGUCCUAACAGAAGGCAUGACCUUUUAUCUUAAACAUUUAAUAGCUGAACAUCACCAACUGUUUAAAAACUUGUUUCCAGAACGAAAUCUUUUACCCAAGCAUCACUUCAUGCUGCACUACCCACGAAGCAUAAGAGAAAUUGGACCAAUUCUCCACAUGUGGUGUAUGCGUUAUGAAGCUAAACACAAAUUUUUUAAAACACAAUUGAAAAGCUUCAAAAACAUCACUAAAACACUAGCCAAAAAGCACCAGAGUUGUAUGGCAAUGUAUUGGGAGUCUUUUAGCCAUGAUAGAUUGUCUCUUGGCCCAGGAAAGAUGAUGGCGCUCAGUGAACUUAAAGGUGGUCAAGAGAUGGCCUCCAGACUUGGAGCGGUAAUGUCAGAUCUCAUCUAUUGUGUAAAGUGGAUCAAGCACCAUGGAACUGAGUAUCGCCCUGAUUUUAUAAUCUGUACUCAAGUAGCAUGUGAGAUGCCAGUGUUCUGCAAGAUUAAGACCAUUGCUGUAAAAGAUGAAAAUGUUUUGUUAUGUGGAACACUACUGGAAACUGUAUGUUUUGAUGACCAUUAUCAUUCAUUUAAAGUCAGACUGCACCCAGACAGAGUUUUAAAGGUUGUGAAUGUUGAGGAGUUAUGUUAUUUUAAACCAUUUGAUAUCCAGAUGAAAUACGGUACAACAGAUUCUGCACUGCAUGUAGUGCCGUACUGUCAUUUCAUGCAGACUUGAUGUAUGUGUUUUUUAUUUUUGUGCAUGUAUGUGUAUGUUUCUAAAGCCUGAAUGUGUUUUAAUAAAUGUUUUUAAGAGUUAAUUUGA